UUCUUCCGGUCCCCGUUCGGGCCGCGGCCUCUCCGCCCCUUCGGACCCGGAGCCUACGCGCAGUGCGUUCCUGGCUUGUCUUGUCGGCAUUUGGAGAUGGGCUCGAGGGAGGGCCCUGCCGUGUCUCGCACCCGGGGCUCAGCUACUGGCGGGACUCUGAUGGCAGCCCCCUGGCACGCCGGGUCCCUGCUUUACCAGCUCGGUUGUCCCCGGCAGCUCGCGGAGGUUCCGGGCCCUCGGGGUGGACACUGGGUGCGAGUCGCGCCUGGUGUCGCGGCUGCUGCAGUCUAGACAUCGCUCCUGGUGUGCCCGGUCCCUCGAGCAGCGGAGCGCUGAGAUGAAGUUGGUGCCCUUGUUUUUGACAUUGGAUCAUAUACAGUGCGGGCUGGCUAUGCUGGUGAGGACUGCCCUAAGGUUGAUUUCCCCACCGCUAUUGGUAUGGUUUUGGAGAGAGAUGAUGGAAGCACAAUGAUGGAAAUAGAUGGUGACAAAGGCAAACAGGGUGGUCCUACCUAUUACAUAGAUACUAAUGCCCUCCGAGUACCCAGGGAGAACAUGGAAGCCAUCUCACCACUCAAGAAUGGAAUGGUUGAAGACUGGGAUAGUUUCCAGGCCAUUUUGGAUCAUACUUACAAGAUGCAUGUCAAAUCGGAAGCCAGCCUGCAUCCUGUUCUCAUGUCGGAAGCACCGUGGAACACCAGGGCGAAGAGAGAGAAGCUGACAGAGCUGAUGUUCGAGCACUACAGCAUCCCUGCAUUCUUCCUCUGCAAAACUGCAGUUUUGACAGCAUUUGCUAAUGGUCGUUCUACUGGGCUGAUUUUGGACAGUGGAGCUACCCAUACCACUGCAAUUCCAGUCCAUGAUGGCUAUGUCCUUCAACAAGGCAUUGUGAAAUCCCCUCUUGCUGGAGACUUCAUUACCAUGCAGUGCAGAGAACUCUUCCAGGAAAUGAAUAUAGAACUCAUCCCUCCAUAUAUGAUUGCAUCAAAAGAGGCUGUUCGAGAAGGCUCUCCAGCGAACUGGAAAAGAAAAGAGAAACUGCCCCAGGUUACAAGGUCUUGGCACAAUUACAUGUGCAAUUGCGUCAUCCAAGAUUUUCAAGCUUCAGUUCUUCAGGUGUCAGACUCCACCUACGAUGAACAAGUGGCUGCACAGAUGCCGACUGUUCACUACGAAUUCCCCAACGGUUACAACUGUGAUUUUGGUGCAGAGCGGCUAAAAAUUCCUGAAGGAUUGUUUGACCCUUCCAACGUAAAGGGAUUAUCUGGGAACACAAUGCUGGGAGUCAGUCAUGUUGUCACGACAAGUGUUGGAAUGUGUGACAUUGACAUCAGACCAGGUCUCUACGGCAGUGUGAUUGUAGCAGGAGGAAACACGCUAAUCCAGAGUUUCACUGACAGGUUAAAUCGAGAGCUUUCUCAGAAAACUCCCCCAAGCAUGCGAUUGAAACUAAUUGCAAACAACACGACAGUGGAACGGAGGUUCAGCUCAUGGAUUGGUGGCUCCAUCCUAGCAUCUUUGGGUACCUUUCAACAGAUGUGGAUUUCCAAACAGGAGUAUGAGGAAGGAGGGAAGCAGUGUGUAGAAAGAAAAUGCCCUUGAGGGCUCCCACCCUGUUGCCCAUCACCUCACGUCUGUAGCUUUAGUAUACUCAGGAAAAGAUGACCAUCUUUUGUAGAAUGUUUAUACAUGUUUGCAUAUUUCAAUUUCCACUUAAAUUUUUUAAGGCUUUAACUGGCUCUAUAAAUUAAAAUGAGUUUGUGCUUUCCUUGAAAUGCACUUAUUCUUAUUACAGGCAUUUUAUAAUUUUGUAUGAAUGUCUAUUUUCUCUAAAUAUUUUCCUUUCAGUAAGUACUUUCCGGCUCUCCUGUGGGUUGGUGGAAUUUUUAUUGACUAGUAAAAGUUACUGCCUAUGCUUUUUACCUUAGGCUUACAAAACUAAAUAAAAAUCAGUACCAU